ACAGGAACCGGAAGUAGUACGUAAUCCGAGCACAACAGUCGAAGUUUGAAACGCUGCUUCUUUUUGUUUUCAGUUGUUUCAAACGAAUCGCGCUUCAAACAAUGUGUGCUUAGAUAAGUGGCGCUAAGACUUGUACAACUUUUUUUUUUUUAAAAUGAGUAAAGAAAAGCGACACAAGAGAAGGGACUCUCCGGAAUGGGAGUCUACGGUGCGGAUAAAGCAGGAGAAAGUGAGCCCGGUUAGGCCCCAGCGAGCCAGGCGCUCCAGGUCCAGAUCCAGCGGCCACUCCAGCCCACACAGCCGGAGAAGGAGCAGGUCGCCUGUCAGAGCGAGGGACCACUCGGCAGGUAGAAGAAAUGCCUCCCCAGCCAGACGCAGCAGAUCUCCCAGAAACAGAAGAAGCCGGAGUCCUCAUCGCGGUGCUGAUGUUAGGAUUAAACGGGAGUGGGAUGAGCCCCGAAGACGAAAUGAUCAGCCAGAAGAGAGGCGGAGCCGGUGGGAAAGGGACAGGUCACGAGAGAGAGACAGUGGCGGAGACAGACACCGGGAACGAGAAGCAUUAGCCUCCCAGCAAGCUGAGAGACAGCGGCAAGACGAGCGGCGCAGGGAAAACCGGCAGAGGCGCGAGGAAAACCAGGAGUCUAAUUUCGGACAGUCCGAAGGAGGCGACAACGACACAAACGAGCCUCCUGCUGAGAAAGAGAAACCCAACUUUGAACUUUCAGGGGCGCUCACAGAAGAUACAAACACAUUCCGAGGGGUUGUCAUCAAAUACAACGAACCCCCUGAGGCUCGCAUUCCCAAGCGCAGAUGGCGACUGUACCCCUUCAAGAACGACGAACCCCUCCCAGUCAUGUACAUUCACAGGCAGAGCGCCUACUUACUGGGGAGGCAGAGACGAAUCGCUGAUAUCCCCAUCGACCACCCGUCUUGCUCCAAGCAACACGCAGUGUUCCAGUACAGACUGGUCGAGUUUACCCGUGCAGAUGGCACCACCGGCCGCAGGGUACGGCCCUACAUCAUCGACCUGGGCUCCGGCAACGGCACCUACCUAAACAACCAGCGCAUCGAGGCCCAGCGCUACUAUGAGCUCAAAGAGAAAGACGUCAUCAAGUUCGGCUUCAGCAGCCGCGAGUACGUCCUCCUGCACGAGUUCUCAGACACCAGCGAGGUGGACGCCAAGCAGGAAGAAGAGGAAGACGAAGGAGUGGACGAGUGAAUUCAGGAUGGAUGGGACAGUCACUGUUCAACCAGUAGCAGGUUCUGCAGGGAAUGGGACAAAACAUUGAACAAAAGAGGUGUUGGAUGGUAAAAGAAUGGCCGGUUGGCAUGUUCUCUAAUUACUUAAUUGUUGCUCAAACCUGCCACAACUGUCUCCAAGAAGACUUCCUUUUCUCAGGUUGGUUGUGUAAUUUCUGUUUAAUGCACGACUCUCUCAUCUGACAGCGCUCACAUGUAAAACUUCUCGGUGCCAGAUAAAGAUAAUCCGAUUCAAAUAGUUCUAUAUUUUUUUGACCACAGCGCUGAGAGCAUCAUUUUCUGGGGAUUAAUCUGUUGUCAAUGUUGAGCUGUAUAUGUCAUUGUACACCAUAUGUGGAAUGUGAAUUCUAGAUUUGUGUAUAAUAAGCAUUUAAACACAAAAACACACACAUUGUGAUAUAAUAUUGCUUUUUUUUUUUUUUUGGCUUUAUAGUUCAGGAACAUUUGUUAAUGCUGUUGGGUGUUUUUUUUUGCACCAUGCAGUGUGUAUUUAAGGACUUCCUCUUUUAUUUUUGUCUAUUAAGUCCACUCAGUCACAGUAAAUCAUCAUUUUUGUACUGUAAAUAAAGACAGUGGAACAUUU